AUGGAGUCAGCUAAUCCUCAGCGACCAGCGGGUCCAAGCAACCGAGGACAAAGAUCUAGAAGGAGAGGCCCUCCAAGAACACCACGGCCGGCACAAGAUACUCCACGAGUGGCGGGGACAAGAGCCUUUGGUGGCCAACUUACACAACUAGACGCAGAAGCACCAAUGUUUGUGCCGGCCUCAUUACCCCCAGUGCCUGCAGCUUCGAGCCCCAGGCCAAAGACCUCGAAUCCCCGCCCUUCUCGAAAUCGAAAUGAUCAAAGACCUGCAGCCCCAAAACAGCCGCAGUCACAGGCGAGAAGAGGCUCGUUGUCCCGAUCUACAGCGCCCGACAUUGCAUCACGAAUACACGAAGAUAUCUCAAGUGGUGUUUAUGAGUGUGCGAUAUGCACGAAUGAAGUGACUAGACAUUCCAAAGUGUGGUCAUGUCGCACUUGCUGGACGGUGUUCCACAUUGGAUGUAUCAAGAGAUGGUCAAAGAAUGAAGGCUCGGCCGUCCACCGCCCUGCUGGUCAGGAGGAGGAUGACUCUCAUUCAGGGAAGCAGUGGAGGUGCCCAGGCUGCAACUUGCCAAAAGACACAACGCCAUCAUCGUACACGUGCUGGUGUGAGAAAGAGCUGGAUCCGAAGACGAUUUCAGGCCUGCCACCACAUUCGUGCGGGCAGACUUGUGGUCGAGAGAGAACAUUUCCCAAACCAUGUCCACACCCAUGUGAACUGCUAUGUCACGCUGGACCAUGCCCACCGUGUCCGUCAAUGGGACCGACGCAGUCUUGCUUCUGUGGUAAGGAGGAGACCAGACGAAGAUGUGUAGAGACAAACUACGAGACUGGAUGGAGCUGUGGCUCGGUUUGCGGUGAUAUCAUGCCUUGUGGAGAACACACUUGCCAACGAUCUUGUCACGAGGGUCUCUGUGGUGCAUGUACCACGGAAGUUGAAGUGAAAUGUUAUUGUGGGAAAGUGGAAAAGAAGCUACCAUGUCACGAGAAGGGCGACGAAAAGGAGAGCUUUUCCUGGACGGGCUGCUUCGAUUGUGGUCAGCUGUGUGGGAGGAUGAUGGACUGCGGAAAGCAUCACUGCGAAAAGCCGUGUCAUCCCCAAGACGAAAAAGAAGCACACUGUCCCAGGUCUGUUGAUGUGGUCAAGUUCUGCCCUUGCGGUAAGACCGCUCUGGCCGAGCUAGAUAUCGAUACUCGAAAAUCAUGCACAGACCCCAUCCCAAGUUGCCAAAAAGAAUGCGGAAAGACACUGUCCUGCGGUCACCCGUGCAGACAAACCUGUCAUUUGGACGAGUGUGAGCCUUGUACCCUCCAAGUCUCGGUGAAUUGUCGAUGCGGCCGAAAUUCGUUCGAGGUCAUUUGCCACGAAGCUUCGGAGGAUCCUCCUCAGUGUGGCCGGUUGUGCAAGGCGAGUCUAAAUUGUGGUAGGCACGAGUGUGGCCAGAAAUGUUGUACUGGAGAGAGAAAAGCCGCGGAACGUCAGGCUACGAAACGGAAGCUGAAACCUCUCGUGGCUGUCACGCGGGUGUUUGACGAAAACAUCGAGGCCGAGCAUAUAUGCACUCGUCCUUGUGGACGCCGACUCAAGUGUGGUAACCACGAUUGCAUUGAUCUGUGCCACCGAGGCCCAUGCGGAAGCUGCAAAGAGGCUGUUUUUGACGAUAUUGCGUGCGCAUGUGGCAGGACUGUCCUGCAAGCACCUCUACCGUGCGGUACACAACCUCCACCAUGCAACUUCCCCUGCACCAGAACCAAGGAUUGUGGACACCCUCAAGUGGCGCACAAUUGCCAUCUCCAAGAUGAAGAGUGCCCGAAGUGUCCAUUCCUGACAGAAAAGGAUUGCCUCUGCGUGAAGAAGACGUUGAAAAAUCAGCCGUGCUGGCGGAUUGAUGUCCUUUGUGGUCUGGUCUGUGGCAAAGCACUCAAAUGCGGUUCGCAUACAUGCCGCAAGACGUGCCACAAGGCAGGCGAGUGUGAGGAUGCUCACCAACAUUGUCAACAGGAGUGCGGCAAGGCGAAGAAGACGUGUGGGCACCCUUGCGAACAACCGUGCCAUGCUCCUUCGACGUGCAAGGAGGACAGACCAUGCCCAUUCAAGGUCAUGAUUACCUGCGACUGUCAGCGAAAGAAGGAAGAAGUAAGAUGUAACGCACGAUCAAGCAAUCCUGAGCCUUCUGGACGGCAGACAUCACUCAAGUGUGACGAUGAAUGUGCUCGAUUGGAAAGGAAUCGAAAACUGGCCAUGGCCCUGCAUAUUUCGGACGACCACACUGACGACCAUGUUCCGUACUCGACAGCCACAUUACAAAUGUACCUCGAGGAUGUCGCAUGGGCCCAUGCGCAGGAAGAGGCGCUUCGACUUUUUGCGGCCGACGAGACACAGAAGAGAUAUGGCUGCCAACCCAUGAAGAGCCGACAACGGAGUUUCAUUCACAGUCUCGCCGAAGAUUUCGGAUUUGAUUCAGAAAGUCUCGACCCAGAGCCACAUCGUCAUGUUGUCCUGUUCAAAACACCCAAGUUUGUUGCUGCACCGAUGAAGACUCUAGUACAGGCUGCGCGAGUUAAGCGAGCUCAACUGAACGUCCCUGCACCUGUUCAGAGCGCUCCAGAACGGAAAGCAGAUGAGGUCAAGCAUGAGUACAAUGGAUUGAUGUUGACCAAACCGAAAUUUGCAUUGACAGAAGAUGAACUCCGGCCUGUGGUCAAAAAGGCAACACCUACCAUUGACCUUGACAUUGUGUUUCUGCCCAACGACGAAGGAGUGGCUCUGCUCCCGUCCAUGUCUUGGGAGACGCCAGAACAGCUUACGACGCUGUUGACCAGCUUACAGCCUACUAUUGCCGGCGAAGUGUCCAAACACAAUCUGGCAGGGUCGGUGGUACUUUGCCAAUUCGACACCACCGGUAUAGACAUCAAAGUUGUUCAACAGCAAGGAAAACCCAGUGACAAUCUGACGAACGGGUGGUCUAAAGUUGCCGCGAGAAGGGCUGCACCAGUACCUGUUCCUCAGGUUAGACCCGUUGGACAAAGACCUGUGUAUACAGUACUGGGAAGUCGGUUGGCAGAAGCAAAGAAGAAGAAAGAAGAGAAUGAAGCAAAGUUGAGAAAAAGGGUAGAAGCACAGGUUGUGGAUGAUUGGGAAAAGGAAGUUGAGGAGGAAGAAAGAAAUGAAGUUGAUAGUGAAAGGGUGGACACUGAUAUUCCUGGUGAGCCGAGUACGAGUAUGGCAUGA